AUGUCAUCCUCCUCGCACCCGUCGAGGGCAUUGCCUCAAGGUCACGGCAAGCAGCCUGACAACAGCCCCGACCCGUCCACAAAGGCCGCAGACAACGACAACGACGAUGCCAGUAACGGCGAAGACGACGCUGGCCCUGGAGGCGAUCUCCCCAUGAGCAUGACCGCUUCCGUCAUGUUAACCAACUUGCCCAAGGAUGCGAGCCAGGCUCUCAGGGAGGUCGAAGAGAUUGAUGAUCGAAAAGUCUCUGUCCGCUUCCAACCCGUUGGCGCGGCCCCGAUCCUCAAACAGCGCGUCUUCAAAAUCAGUGCCUCGUCGAAAUUCAGCGUCGUGUUGAACUUCCUCAGGAAGAAGGUCGGCGUCAAAGAGGGUGACGGCCUGUUUUGCUAUGUGAAUAGUGUGUUCGCACCGGGUUUGGAUGAGGGCGUGGGGAACUUGUACCGGGUACGUUUGCGCCUCUACUAG